AUGCUAAACAGACCUUUCUCUCUCUUCCCUCUCUCCAGCCGAAGUGCAGCGGCCCUGCCGCCACCCCCAGCAGCACCUUGCUCAGCCCCAUGUCCCACAGAUGCCGAGCACGUGCCGUCCCCAGAGACACUGAGUGUGACCGGGCGCAGGAUGGAGAGCCGCAGGAGGGACAUGGAGCUGCUGAGCAACAGCAUGGCUGCGUAUGCACACAUCCGAGCCAACCCCGAGAGCUUUGGGCUCUACUUUGUGCUGGGUGUCUGCUUCGGGCUGGUGCUGACCCUGUGCCUGUUGGUGCUGCGCCUCUCCUGCCGGCCCCGCGCGCGCCCCCCGCCCCACCCAAGGGACCUCAGUGAGGACGAGGAGGAGGAAGAUGAGGACGAAGAUGAGGAAGAGGAGGACACUGUUGACCGUGCGGCAUCUGAGUCACUGCUGCCAGUGACCGAGAUCCCGCUGGAGAGCCAUGGCCCCGGGGACGGAGCGCUGGCCAUCAACGUCUUUGCCUCAGCAGAGGAGCUGGAGCGGGCGCAGCGGCUGGAGGAGCGCGAGCGCAUCAUCCGUGAGAUCUGGCGCAACGGGCAGCCCGACAUCCUGGGCACCGGCACUGGCACCCUGGGCCGUGUCCACUACUACUGAGUGCUGACACUCUGCCCGGCUGCCCCCGGUAGCUCAGCUGAUACCGUCCCACCUCGGGAACUGCCUAGGACGUGGUCUGGGGCCAGGAGAUGGGGGGACGGGGGUGGCUGCUCGCUGCUCCUGCAUUGGAGGAGGUGCCCUGGAGCAUCUCUGCACGGCUGCCAGCCGGACUCUGGUGUCACAGGCAACCCCAGGGCCAGACUUGGCCCCACUGCUGAGGGACAUGAUGCACUUUGAGCAUUGGUACGACUGCCAGCACCAGCUGAGCAUCCCCGGGACUCUGCGGGGACGAGGACGAGGACAAGGACGAGGACAAGGCAGACCUUGCCGGGCUCGGCUGCGGGCGCUGGCCCAUCGGCUCGGUGCCAGAGGGAGGCCCAUCCCCUUGGGUUGCGGUCGGGCCGUACAUCCGUGUAAGCUGUGGGGUCCUGCCCCAGAAACAUG